UCCCUCCCCGCCGACGCAUCCAACUCCACCGCCUGGCUCUCCCCAUCCAACGAAUUCGCAUUCGGCUUCCGCCCGCUCGACGAAACCAACACCACCUUCCUCCUCUGCAUCUGGUACGCCGACAUCCCCGACCGCACAAUCGUCUGGUCUGCCAACGGCGACUCCCCUGCCCCCGCCGGCUCCACCGUCCUGCUAUCCGGCACCGUCGGCCUCGUCCUCGCGAACCCACAAGGCUCCGAGAUUUGGCGGUCCGGCCAACUCUCCGGCGGAGUGACCUCCGCCUCGCUCACCGAUUCGGGAAAUUUCGUGAUUCGAGCUAGAAAUUCAUCUCCUCUAUGGGAAACCUUCGGCAAUCCCACCGACACAAUCCUCCCUUCCCAAACGCUAGGCCGCGGCAUCAUCCUCUCCUCCCGACGCUCCGAAUCCGAUUUCUCAAAGGGGAGAUUCCGCCUAAUUCUCCAGGGGGACGGGAAUUUAGUCCUCACCACUGUAAAUCUCCCGACGGAGCAGGUCAACGGUGCGUACUACGCCGCCGGAACAAAUUCUGCAACCGACCCUGGUACGCAGCUGGCGUUCGACUAUAUUUAA